AUGGAUAUCAACGACGACGAUGAUUUCUACGCGCCUGAUGAGCCCGAAACCACCCAGGCCGCUGAGCCGUCUGCACCGGCCAAUGCGCCGCCGAGACACCAUGACGAAGACCUAGAGGAGGGCGAGGAGGAGGACGAGGGCGCCGACAUGGACGAGGACGACUCAGACAUCGACAUCAUUACCGAGCGCAAAGAUGGGACCAAAGCCGCCCCGCCCACCCAGUCCAAAUACAGCGACAUCAGGAAUAUACCCCAGCGGACCACCUCCAAUGACGGCACCGCAAAGCCCGUCCUCAAGCAGCACGACUCCAAGCCUGCCUCGGGCGCCGACUAUCCUGCCGUCGCCACCUCCAAGAUAGACGUCGACGCCAUACCCAUCCACAAGGGCACCGGCAAGCCCAUCACCCAGGUCAACAUCGACGAUGAUCUGCCGGAAAACGACAAGCCCUGGCGCAAGCCCGGUACUGACCUGAGCGACUACUUCAACUACGGCUUCGACGAGUUCACCUGGGCCAUGUACGCCGCCAAGCAGGACAGUGUCCGCGGCGAGUACAGCCAGGACGCACUGGCCCAGAGCAACAAGAAGAUGAUGGAGGAGAUGCAGAUGAUGAUGAUGGGCGGCAUGCCCGGCGCUGGCGGCUCCAUGCCUGCCAUGCCCGGCAUGGAUGGCAUGCCCCCCGAGAUGCAGCAGAUGAUGCAGCAGAUGAUGGCCUCUGGCAUGGACCCCAGCCAGAUGGACCCCUCGGCCAUGUUUGCCGGCAUGCAGGGCGCAGGCGGCAACGCCUCGGGUGGCCAAGGCGGCCAGAACCAGAACUUUGGCGGCGGUCAGGGCUUUGGCAACAACCAGGGCCAAGACUUUGGCUACGGCCAGGGUAUGGGGCAGAGGGGGAACUUCCGGGGUGGCCGUGGCCGUAGGAACUGGUAG